CUACCACCCCCAUCCUCACUGCGCAAGCGCGGGCCGCGAGCGUGGGUUAUCUCGAGACAGCCGGGCUGCGGGCUGCGGAGCGUGCGGGUCUGCGGCCUGCGUUCGGCUAGCUCCAGCGGCUCACAGGCCGAGGUAACGAGGCGCAGCAAGCCGAGCCUCCCCGCUCCCCCGGACUGCGUGGGCCAUGGAGACUCAAGUGCUGACGCCGCACGUCUACUGGGCUCAGCGACACCGCGAGCUGUAUCUGCGCGUGGAGCUGAGUGACGUGCAGAACCCUGCUAUCAGCAUCACAGACAAUGUGCUGCAUUUCAAAGCUCAGGGACACGGUGCCAAAGGAGACAAUGUCUAUGAAUUUCACCUGGAGUUCUUAGACCUUGUGAAGCCGGAGCCGGCGUUCAGGCUGACCCAGAGGCAGGUGAACAUCACAGUCCAGAAGAAGGGGAGUCAUUGGUGGGAAAGGCUCACCAAGCAAGAGAAGCGCCCACUGUUUUUGGCCCCUGACUUUGAUCGCUGGCUGGAUGAAUCUGAUGCGGAAAUGGAGCUGAGAGCCAAGGAGGAAGAACGCCUAAAUAAACUCAGACUAGAAAGGGAAGGCUCCCCUGAAACUCUUACAAACUUGAAGAAAGGGUACCUGUUCAUGUACAACCUUGUGCAGCUCCUGGGGUUCUCCUGGAUCUUUGUCAACCUCACAGUGCGGUUCUUUAUUUUAGGAAAAGAGUCCUUCUAUGACACGUUCCACACUGUGGCUGACAUGAUGUAUUUCUGCCAGAUGCUGGCACUAGUGGAAACCCUCAAUGCUGCGAUUGGGGUCACAAGUACCCCGGUGCUGCCUGCUCUCAUCCAGUUUCUUGGAAGAAAUUUUAUUCUGUUUCUUGUUUUCGGCACCAUGGAAGAAAUGCAAAACAAAGCUGUGGUUUUCUUUGUGUUUUAUUCCUGGAGCGCAAUUGAAAUCUUCAGGUAUCCCUUCUACAUGCUCUCCUGCAUUGACAUGGACUGGAAGGUGCUCACGUGGCUCCGUUACACUAUGUGGAUUCCCUUAUACCCCCUGGGAUGUUUGUCAGAAGCUGUGGCAGUGAUCCAGUCCAUUCCAGUAUUCAACGAGUCGGGAAGGUUCAGUUUUACUUUGCCAUAUCCAGUGAAGAUGAAAGUCAGAUUUUCCUUCUUCCUUCAAGUUUAUCUUGUAAUGUUAUUUUUAGGGUUAUAUAUUAAUUUUCGUCACCUUUAUAAACAGCGCAGGAGGCGGUAUGGACAAAAGAAGAAAAAGCUCCACUAAAGAUGAAUUUGGUAGCUUCAUUUGAGCAGAGUCUAUGAUUCUUACUGUUCUACUUCUUGUACUGAUGUAAGGGUUUGUUUUGUUUUGUUUUUUAAAGUAAGGCUGUCUCUCUUUCCCAGUAACAUUCCUGAAUCUACUGUCCUUAUCUUAGUGUUGUACUUGCAUGACAUGGAUAUCUGGUAUCUGAGGACAAGUUCAUUCUUGUGUAUUUAAUGACAAAGGUGGCCCUCCUCAUAUCUGCUCCUCCCUACAGGCACUGUCUGUCUUCACAGGGCUUGGUCUUUCUGCUGCCACUUGUGAAAACUGAAAAAAAAAAAAAAAAAAACCAAGACUACAUUUUCCCAUUGCAGAUUGUCAAAAGUGA